AUGCCAGCAAAAUCUGGAUCGAAAAAUGACAGGAAAGCAGUGCCUCCAACCGUUUUGGCUGGAGCAGAGCAAACAAAUUUAAGCACGCCGGCAAUGCCCGAUACAAAUUCUACAGGACCAUUGUCAUCUGUUUCUGGCCUCGAUAUAAGGAAAUCAUCUAGUCCCAGCCGUUCUCACACCAAGUCGAUUAUGAACGUUAGUGGGUCAUCUGGCGCCGUCGUCAGUAAUACACCUGAGCCGGGUUUGAAAAGGAUACCCACCGUUACUUUCAGUGACCCAAAGCUCGGGUCCCUCAGGUUGGAUAUGGAGCAGACUCCGUCUGGUCAGGUGACCAGGCAGCCUAGUGAGAAGAAAGCAGCGUCUGUACACAUUGCUUCGGAUAAUAACGACCAAAGCAGGACGUUAGGGGACAUAAACACAAAAACUCCAAAGGAUGGAGACACUCCCGCUUCUUCCUUUUCGACUCCAACCUCUAUAUUAUCCAACAAUGAGGGAGGAAAUAACGUAGCCAGCCUGCUUGCAAAAAAACUGAGUCUUGCUGGUGGAGCUGAUUCCAUUCUGAACUCAGACAAUAGUUCGGAUAGCCCUAAAAAGGAGCAUCCACAUUUUUACGUGGAAGAUCCCUUGCAUACGCCAUCUGUUAGAUCCAGGUCUAACAGUACUAGUCCCCGCCCCUCCAUAGUAAUGAACACGUUCAAUCCAAUAAAUAUUGAGCGGGAGGUCUCCAUAUCGAAGACCGGGGAGCCCACCUUGCUGGAGUCCGUUUUAGAAGAAGCCUUGUCUCCCAAUGCAGUUCCAAACCCAUUGAAGAAGGAAAGCGUUAUGACGAAUUUAGAUCCGAGGUUACCUCAAGAUGACGGUAAGCUGCAUGUGCUUUUUGGGGCAACAGGCUCGUUGUCUGUUUUCAAGCUGAAACAUAUGAUAAAGAAACUAGAAGAGAUUUAUGGAAGAGAUAAAAUUAGCAUUCAAGUUAUAUUAACAAACUCAGCAACAAAAUUUUUUGCGAUGAAGUACAUGAGGAAAAACAAAAAACCUCACAACAUUAAUGAUACAAAAUGCAAUAAUACCGAUACUAAUACCAAUAAAACCAACAAUACUAAUACCACUACUAAUACUAAUACUAAUACUAAUAACAAUAACAAUAACAACAACAACAACAACAACAACAACAACAUUAAUAAUGCUGCUCUUCUGGAAUCACCUAGCUCUAGAAAUAUGCCUUUGGACACAGCCGCUUUUGGCCUGAAAAAUGCCCAAAAUGAGGAAGAUAAUUCCAAGGUUUCCGAUACAGGAUUUCCCUCUUUAAUUUGCAGUGGCCGUACGUUGAGCAACGCUUCAAACACUGUAUCACAACAUCCUCAAAUCGAGUUGCCACCACAUAUACAAUUUUGGACAGACCCAGACGAAUGGGAUGUGUGGCGGCAACGGACAGACCCUGUCUUACAUAUCGAGCUACGUCGUUGGGCAGACAUACUGGUCGUUGCACCCUUGACCGCAAAUACGUUAGCAAAGAUUGCACUUGGGUUAUGUGACAAUCUUUUGACAAGCGUGAUAAGAGCAUGGAAUCCGACGUUCCCUAUAUUUCUAGCGCCUUCAAUGGGCAGUGGCACGUUCAACUCUAUAAUGACUAAGAAGCACUUUAGAAUUAUACAAGAAGAGAUGCCGUGGGUAACUGUAUUCAAGCCUUCUGAAAAAGUUAUGGGUAUCAACGGUGAUAUUGGGUUAAGUGGGAUGAUGGAUGCGAACGAAAUCGUGGGCAAGAUUGUGGUCAAAUUAGGCGGUUAUCCUGACACUUCUGCCGGGAAAGAGGGAGAAGGAGAGGACGAGGACGACGAUGACAACGAUGAUGAGGAAGACGAGAAUAGGAAGAACGAUGACGAUGACGAUGACGAUGACGAUGACGAUGACGAUGACGAUGACGAUGACGAUGAAGAUGAAGACGAAGAUGGCGGGGAGAAUGGCGGAGAGGGUCCCGAUCGCUCUUAG